ACCUCAUUCCUGGCCACGGUUAUUCACCUUAUUAUUAUCUAUAAUCAAUUCUACCAUUGUUAAUGAUUUAGGUGGUAAAAAUUCAUUCAUCACCAUCUCUUUCUGGUUUCUCUAUCACAUUGCUAUUGUCUUUCCAGGAUGGCCUAUAGCUUCACCUAUUGGGAUGAUUGUGUUGAUCCUGAGGAUUUAGAGGCAAUGUGGAAUGUACCUGAAGUUAGUGUCGAGUGGUUAAAAGCCGGCGAGGAACAAGGUCAGAAAGUUCACCUCUCUCGCGAUCCUGAUGGACAGCCGUAUUUAACACAGACUGAAAUGAGGGCUGUAGCCGACAUUGUUAUUAACCGGCACUUUCAGUCGGAAAUAAAUCCUGGCAUGAUUUGUGCUAUUGCUGAACUUGAAAGUGACAGAAUCCUACUUGUUAUGAACACUCCCUACAAAUCUAAAGAGCCUAAUGUAGGGCUUAUGCAACUUCUACCAAAAACUGUGGAAUGGUUGAUAAGUGAAUUAGGUUAUCAUUCAUAUGCUGCAGAAGAGAAUAUAGAAUACCUAUUCAAACCUUUCAUAAAUGUAUAUUUUGCUGCUGCCUAUCUUAAAUGGCUGUCAAGCUUUGAUAACAACAAAAGAGAUGAAGAGUUUAUGAUAAGGGCAUAUAAAGGCGGUACGAAGAAGGCAACUCACAAAUCAACGCUGCGUUAUUGGAAAAGUUAUCUUGCUGUCAAAGAAAGUUUUCCCUGCAGAAAAUCCGUUGACGAUGAUCCUCCACUAAACAACUCUGGGCUUCCAGUUCAUUCUCAGACUGGAUCUCCUGAACAUUCAGACCAAUCAAAAGAUGCAAACGAUGAUAUUUAUUGGGAUUCCAGAACUUCUCCAGAUGACAUGAAUGCUAUGUGGAAUCAUCCUGCAGUUCGAAAAGUAUGGACUAAAUCCAAAGAAACGCGUGGAAAGGUGCGUUUUUCUCAAGAUGAAAAAAAGAGACCGUAUCUUUCCCGCGUGGAAAUGAAGGCAGUUGCAGAUAUAAUUCUAAUCAGAUACCUCAGCAACCCAAAAACUAAAUCUACAGUACUUUGUGCCAUUGGCGAGGUUGCUAGCAUGCGCUUUGUACAUGGAGUUGAACCAAGGCCUGGAAUAAUGGGGAUCGACUAUUCCACUGCUUUUUGGCUUUACUUGGAAUUGGGCUUCAGAGCUUACAAACUUGAAUCUGUUGAUGAUCUCAGCAAUCCAUUUGUGUCCAUGUACUUUGGUGCUGCCUAUGUGGCAUGGUUAUCAGAAUAUGAAGGAAGGGAAAGAACUCCGGAUUUUUUCGUUCAGGCAUAUUUUGUAGGACCGAAAAAUGUGAACCCUCAGGAUACAAGCACUCUUUGGCUAAAAUAUGAGGAAGUUCUCAGUAAAUAUGAAGAUGAAAGAAAAAGGCAUGGUGAAAGCUGCUCCAUCAUGUAACCUGACAAUGUCGUAGCGUAUCUAGAUUUCGAGGAUCUAUCCGAGUUGGGUCGUGUUAUCUUGUGUAUUAUAUAUUUGAGAGCUUUAAUUGUGAAGUGAAACUAUCUGAUCGGCGUGCUAUAGAAAAGGAAGAAAGAAGAAAAGGAAAGAAACUUGCAUUCCAAGGAAAUAAUUACUUGUAUAGAACUGACUGUAUAGUUUAUUUGUUUUGGAUUUUGAGAUGCUUCAAAAGCAAUUUCAUUAGAAGCAAGAAAAACAUGUUGCAUUGUAAAAAAAAAGUGUGUCGAGAAGCGCAAAAAGUGCGCAGGGAAGUGUAAUUAUCUUGUCUGUAAUGAGAAAAAUCUCCACUAGGUAUAGUCAAUGAUCAAUACAAAUUCAAUUGUUACUCCAUUGCAGAAAAACAGACAGAAUGCAAUUUAGGUUGUUGGC